CAGUGACGCAGCUGUACAGGGCAAAUAGUCAGCGAUAAACGUAACAUGCUACGGUGUACAAGCAAGGCCGCUGUGCCGGAUAUAUGCGCCAUGGCGGUGCAGCGGUUGCUAUGGAAUCAAUGUAGCUAUCUACUCAAAGUUCAGUCUCGAUGGCCGGGAGGAGUCUGAGCGAGGUGGAGCUCUAGUCUCAUCACUCCAGCCCCCGGUUCAGGCUCGGCCUGCUGUCACUUAGAAUGACGCCCCGCUGUAGCUGGAUGUGGCGCCAUGCUCGCUGCAUGCUCCUCGGCAGGAGAUGCUCGGUGACCACCGGAAGAUGUCUGGGUGCAGCGAGAACACUGUCGUCCACAUCCCACCCACCCAAAAUCUGCAUUGUUGGCAGUGGGCCAGCUGGAUUUUACACAGCUCAACAUCUGCUGAAGCACCACACAAACGCGGUGGUGGACAUUUAUGAGAAACUUCCCGUUCCAUUUGGCUUGGUCCGCUUUGGUGUGGCACCUGAUCACCCUGAAGUAAAGAAUGUUAUCAACACUUUUACUCAGACCGCCCUCUCUGAACGCUGCAGUUUCAUAGGCAAUGUGACAGUCGGGAGAGAUGUAACCGUAGAGGAAUUGGAGAAGGCUUACAAUGCCAUAGUGCUGAGCUAUGGAGCUGAGGAUAAGCGGGAGCUGGGGAUACCUGGAGAAGAGCUGCCAGGGGUGUAUUCAGCAAGGGACUUUGUAGGCUGGUACAAUGGACUUCCAGACAAUAGACAUUUAUCUCCAGACCUGGGCAGCGAGACUGCUGUCAUCUUGGGACAGGGGAAUGUAGCACUUGACAUUGCAAGAAUCCUGCUAUCCCCUCUUGAUCUGUUAAAGAAGACUGAUAUCACACAGUCUGCUCUUGAAGCCCUUUCUAAGAGUCGUGUUAAGAGAGUCUGGCUUGUUGGACGUCGUGGGCCUCUGCAGGUGGCAUUUACAAUAAAGGAAUUACGAGAGAUGAUUCACCUGCCAGGGACUCGUCCGCUAUAUUGUUCUUCUGAUUUCAAUGGCCUGGGAGAUGUUGUAAAAGACCUUCCUAGACCUAGAAAACGACUCACAGAACUUCUAUUAAAGUCUGCAAUGGAGAAGCCAGAAAAGAAAGAUGCUGCUCAUCUAAUUCAGCGUAAUCGAGAAUGGGGACUGCUCUUCUUCCGUAACCCUAUUGCCGUGCUGCCUAGUGAAGAUGGAAAAAGAGCGUCCGGAGUCAGACUGUCUGUCACACGACUUGAGGGAACUGGAGACUCUGCAGUGGCAGUCCCUACAGGGCAAGAAGAGGACUUAAGCUGUGGACUUAUCCUCAGCAGCAUUGGCUAUAAAAGUGUACCCAUCUCUCCAGUUGUGCCUUUCCUCCCAAAUAAGGGUAUUAUUCCAAACAGUAUGGGUAGAGUGCAGGGGACUCCAGGACUUUACUGCAGCGGCUGGGUGAAGAGAGGUCCCACUGGUGUGAUCACAACAACAAUGACUGACAGUUUUGACACUGCUCAGUCCUUGUUGGAGGACAUAAAAUCGGGUGCUUUGAACAUUUCAGAGCCUCGUCCAGGUGCCUCAGCGAUCAAAGAGCUUCUCCUCCUCAGGGGGAUUCAAACUGUGUCCUUCUCUGACUGGGAGAAGAUUGAUGAGGUGGAGAUUGCACGAGGUGUGGAGGUGGGAAAACCUCGAGAAAAGAUUUUAGAUUCUGAAGAAAUGCUGCAAUUAAUUUGUCGGUGACUUGAACACAUGCACUUUGUAAAGCUGCCAGCAGGUGGCAGCAUUUACAUUUCCUGCCUUUUGGGAUUUGUAAAUACAAGUAGUAGACUUAUUACAUAAAUACCUCAAACAACCUUUUUAUUUUUCAGUUUUAUUUUUGUAAAUAUUUUUUUAGGCAAAUAAAUAUAUCUUUAAAACCUUU